AUGAUCAUCACUCGGGUCUUGUUGUUGACAGGCUUGGUUACGAGCGCAAUAGCGUCGGCGCCCAGUCUGAACCUUUUCUAUGGCAAAAAUGGCUUCAGCAAACUACGCAUUAAUAAAGUGGUUGCGGAAAAGAACUGUGGAUGCAAUGGAACAUGGGAUCCUUCUGCGUUUGCCAACAUCUCGGAAUACUUUGGAGCCAGUCUGACUGAACUCAUCCCGAGUGAGAAAACAACCACUAGAGGAAAGGCUAGUGCGAGCUCUCUCUCGAUUGGCCGAAACACGUACACCCUUGCUCUGGAUUACUCCGAAGGCUACACCCAUCCUCACGCCUCGAAUGCUACUGUUUGGGCCAGGCUCAUCAGCGACAUGCUAGCCGUUGGAAAUUAUACCCCGGAACAUUCUAUCCUCAUUGGCGAGUAUAUCAAUACCGUUGGUGGAACUCACAACUUGACUUUGACCGUCUAUGGCGAUGCUGCAUGCUCUGGUGUGUUCGAGCCUUGUGCGAAGCUAACUCCAGAGGAAACCGUCCUGCACCCUACGGGAGUUACUGCCGGAGCUAGGCUGGACUGGAGCGACAAGGAAACCCUUGAAAAGCAUCUCAAAUACCCAGCGUACAACACUACUACCCUGCACGAAUUGAUCAUAGCCAACGCGACGCUUCCUGCAUUCGUCUACCAUGAGGAUAUUGGUGCAGUUGUCGAUACAUCAACUAUCCGCAUCGGCUCGAAUAACAACAAACUACAGGAGCGUCAGUGUAUUACGAGUUCUUAUUACGCUUAUUGGAGCGAAGGUGCCUGGGCUACAUGGGGUCAAUGGACUCCAAGUUCUGGUUGUCUCUAUACCGGAUUGGACGGUGCUGGUGGAAGCUUAGGCUUUUCAGUCGGCUUUAGUAUGUCGUAUGCUGAAUCAUGGGGCUUUGGGGGUAAUGGCAUCGUUGCAGGCCUGAGCCCUUCGUUCACUUUUACACUCACCGAGCAGUACAGUUGGACAUGGUCAUACACCUGCAAUGUGCCAGCCAACAGUGUUGGGCAAGUUUACCAACAGCAGUUCGCUGGGUACGGUUAUGUAUACCAGCAACUGUGUUACAACGCCGGCGCAUGUGGUAUUACUUGUGGUAAUGCGCAGGGUCCUAAUUAUGCUGGAGCCCCUGACAUGGCCGUUUUGAACUACGGUUGCAGCACAGGUUGUAACAACGUUGCAUGUGCAUCUUACCCAGGGUGGACUAAUUUGAAUGUUUGGUCACCCUCGCCGCCAAACUCUUGUUAA